AUGCUUCAUGCUGAAAGUAGAGUAAGGCUCUUGGAAUGUCAGGAUGAAAUCACAAUUGAACCAUGUUCUAAAAAAAUGAAGCCAGCAGAAGAUGCUUAUGAGAAACUCUCUGAUCAUGAUAACCAAGAUAUUCAAGAGGAAGUGGAUGCUGAGAGAACACCAAAUUAUUUGUUACCAGCAUAUGCCUCAGAUAACCAAGGGCAACGUGAAAUGCAGAAGCAAGAGAAAAUACCUAGUGGUGUCUUGGGAACACUGAAUGAAGUGCUGCCUGAAUGUAAUCUAGUGCUUAGUCAGCCAGUUAAUUCAGAAACUGUGCAGAAUGUAAAUCCUCCAUUUGCAUCAAUAAAUGACACUGAAGUUGAAGAAAAUACAGGCUCUUUUAUUACAAAUAAUGCUGGUGAAGGUGAUAUUAGAGAUAGCAGUACAUCAUUCUCAUUAACUAGAAGUGCAUCAGACGAAGAGUUUUUUACAAGCAAAGACUUUAUCGGACCGAUUUACAAGCCUGCUGAAAGCAACAGACAGGACACAUCGGGGAGCUGCGAUGAACGCAGAAGCAGUGGGGGAGAUCAGAACGAAUUACAUGAAAACAAACCUAAAAUAAAGGAGGCAAAGAAGAUGCAGACUGUUUCUUCUGCUGUACCAGCAAUAGAUGAUGAACUGGACCAGUUCUAUAAAGAAAUUCACCAGCUGGAAAAUGAAAAUUUAGAUACUGAUUUUCAGGAAAAAGGGAAUGAAACUUCUCAGGAGCAAUAUUCCCCAUGUAACUGUGGUCAAACCUCACAAGAGGAUUAUCAGCAUGUACUGUUGGGCAGCCCACAACCAUUUUAUGAGAAUGGACAGUGUGUCUCUGGGGCACAGAAAAGUGAGAAAACAAGCAAUGAGCAUCAGUUUGUUGUGGAAACAAGUGUCCAGAAAACUGAAAAUACCUUCAAUGGACAGAUAGACUCUAAAUAUUGGAACUACUCAGUGCCUGAAUUCAGACCUGCUUGGCAGUCAACAGGGCCUUUCACAGUACCUCAGGAACCUCUUGCUCCUAGAUUCAACCAUCAAUCACAUUAUCAGUUACUUAAUUCCCCACUACCAAAAAAGAAUGUUCUCCCUUCUCACAAUGUUGAACUUUCUUACAAAAAUUAUCAUGGUUACCAUGGAAAUAAUGAUAUCAACAGUCAUGAUCCAUUUCUCGAUCGAAGUACCAGCUGUGCUCGUCAUGUUGUUAUCCAUGCUUCUCAGGACUUCAGACAUGGAAAUAAUGAUCAGCAUGGACUCCAAAGUAAUGGUUUCUGUGAAACCAGGGGAGAGUGUUGGAAGGAUCCCAGAGCUGGCAAUACAGAAGGAAUGCACAGCUUUUCUUCCCUGCAGUCACCUGAAGAAAGAUUCACUUGUUCACAGAAAUUUCUCCUAAUCUUAAGAGGCCUACCUGGUUCAGGGAAAUCAACACUUUCUCGUAUUCUGCUUGGUCAGAGUCGUUACGGCAUUGUAUUCAGCACCGAUGAUUAUUUUCGUCAACAAGAUGGGUAUACAUAUAAUGCUGCUCAGCUUGGUGAUGCCCACGACUGGAACCAGAAGAGAGCAAAGGAAGCAAUGGAGCAGGGAAAAUCUCCGGUUAUAAUAGACAACACUAAUACUCAAGCCUGGGAAAUGAAGCCGUAUGUGGAAGUGGCUCUAGAAAAGGGAUACAGAGUGGAGUUCCAUGAGCCAGAUACUUGGUGGAAGUUUGAUCCUGAAGAAUUAGAAAAGAGGAAUAAACAUGGGGUCACUCGUGAGAAGAUUGCUCAGAUGUUGGAACGAUAUGAAUAUCAAAUAUCCAUACCUAUUGUCAUGAAUUCAGUGGUUCCUCCCCACAAAAACACUCAAAGGCCACCUCUGCAGCGAAGACAUAGGUGGGGAGGCAAUACAGACUCAUGGAAUUCUUUCAGUAUUUCCAGUAGCUAAUAACACAGUUGCACUCAGUUAAUAAAAAUCUGUUACCUGCCCUUCUAAAACACAUCAUCACCUCCAAUAAAGUAGUGGAUCUUUUGUGUUUUAAAUAAGUAUUUCAAGACCAUUUUCUUCUGCAGGUUGUUCCUUUAACGGACUUGCAUGUAAAUAAAACUGUAC